AUGUUAUUAUGUAGUUUAUUGGGUAUUAGUUGUGCACUUAUUUUCAUUAGUGUACUGAUUAUUUAUCGUCAAUGUCGUACAAUGACUAUUUUCCUUGUAUUUAAUUCUAUAAUAGCUGGUUUUAUUGUUAAUGUAGUCUGUUUUUGUCAAGUGAUGUAUCAAUUAACUAGUGAUGGAAAUGAUAAACUAUGUGUAUUGCGUGGUUUUCUUGUAGAAAGUGGAUGUGGUCUUCUAUAUCAUACAUUUUGUGUUCAAGCAUUUUAUCAUCUUUUUUCUACAAUACCUAAACUACGAGAAUAUCUUCAAUCGAAAUGUUCUAUUAUAUUUAUUGUAUUAUUACAAUGGUUAAUUUCAUUAACUUUUGGUCUUCCAAUUCUUAUUGGUAACCGAAUUAAAUUUCAAAUGGAUUAUCGUAUUUGUCAAGUAUCAAUGCAUGAUCUAUAUGGUUUUCUUUAUUUUUUAAUAUGGAUUUAUAUUUUUCCAUUAAUAAUAAUUAUAGGAAUUUAUAUUCGAGUUUUAAUAUAUAUCAAACAAAAUCCAUAUUGUUUAGUUAUUCAUCAAAAUAUAUUUCAACGACAAAUACGAAAACGUAAAUUUCAUAUUUUUCGUCAUAUUAUUAUGCUUAUUAUAACUCUUAUUAUUAUGCGUUUUCCUAAUUUUGUUUUCUUUCUUAUUAUUCAAUUUAAUUAUAGUCGUGCUCAUAAUCAAGCAAAGACGAUGCAUGCUUUACGAGAAGGUAAAUGUAAAUCGAUUGUGAAAAUUCGUUAUACGUCAACAGCAUCUACAAAGUAUUUAUCACUAUUGGAUAAUCCACUUUGGCAUUCAUUUAAAUAA